AUGGCUACAAGCAGCAAUAUCUCUGCUCCUUCUCCUCCAAUCUUCACUGGAGAAAAUUACCAUGUUUGGUUUGUGAAAAUGGAGGCAUAUCUCAGGGGUCUGCUAUUGUGGGAAGCUGUUGAAUCAGACUUUGAAACUGUAGAGCCACAGAAUCCAACUCUGAAUCAGCUCAAAGUAUAUGAAGAAAAGGUCUCUAGAAAAUAUAGAGCCUUGAGUUGUCUUCAUUCAGCAGUAAAUGAGACUAUUUUUAUCAGGAUCAUGGCAUGCAAAACAGCGAAAGAAGUCUGGGAUCAACUAAAGUUAGAGUUUCAAGGAAAUGAAAAAACUAAACAGAUGCAGAUCUUCAACUUAAGGAAGGAGUUUGAACUUCUCAGGAUGAAAGAAACUGAGAAUGUGAAAGAGUAUAUUGAUAGAGUUAUUAAAGUUGUUAAUCAAGUAAGGCUGCUGGGUGAGGAUUUACCAGAAAAAAGAGUUGUGGAGAAGGUAAUGGUAACUCUUCCAGAAAGAUUUGAGGCAAAAAUCUCUUCACUUGAAGAUGCCUGGGAUUUAUCUAAACUUUCUCUCACAGAGCUUGUAAAUGCUCUACAAGCUGUUGAACAAAGAAAGGCAUUUAUUGAAGAAGAAGGCGACAGAGAGAUAAAGAGAAGGAUACAAAAAUUCCAUUACUUCAAAAACUUAUAUAUUUGA